UGCACUCGGGGAAACCAGGGCCCUGUAGCGAUUCUUUCAACAUCCGUGUGUCGCACCGUCACCUGUCCUCCGGUGACAUCGGGGAUCUGCGGAAGUCAGAGCCGAUCGGGGUGGAGCACCUCCGCUGCCAACACAACGAGCCCGUGUGUGCGGAAAAGAAAUGGAGCUCGGAGCCGGACAGCGAUAGAAACAUGAACUGUCCCGCACCAGUGUCCGCUUCCCUCGCCCGCCCGCCUCACUAGCUGACCCCGUCACCGUUGAAAGCUCCGGGGCAGACGUCGCCUCCAUGGCGGGUCUGACCUACCUGGUGCUCCGGUUCUCGGGCUCCGCCGGUCGCUCUUACGGAGUCUUCUGCAAAGGCUUAACGAGGACUUUGUUGAUAUUUUUCGAUCUCGCAUGGCGACUGCGAAUCAGGUUCCCUUACAUCUACCUCGUCGCCUCGAUGAUGUUUAAUGUCAGAUUACAGGUGCACAUUGAAAUCCACUGAUCAUCCUUCGGUGCCUGCGUUUGGACUCAGAGCAGUCGCUUUGAGCACUGACAUGUUUCAGUCCUCCGAGAAAAACUGGCCGACGCUGCGCAGCCAUGCGUGCAGAGGGGAUUUUAAUUCUGCAAACUGGUGUGGCGAUGCAAUAAUGUGACACGGCCGGUCUGCGCGGUCAUCCCCUCAUCCCACGAGCCCAGUGCCUUUUUUUGCGAGCGGGGGGAGGAGGAACAGCGGUGGCGUCUGAGAAAAACGACCGGAGGUCAGUCAGUGGUGAUGUGCGAGGGUGGAGGGGAAAGAUGCUUCACAACCUUUUCAACUUGCCGCCAUAAGUUUCAGGAGCCACUCGACCUGUUUGUGAAGACCGAGUCGGAUGGAGGGGUGGAUUUGGACGCUGCCUCUUCUCUGGGUAGUGACGACUGCGUGGAAAAAGAUUGUUGCUGUGGAACUCAGUAGCUUCUCCUUAUUGUCUCACAGGGGAAAAAAAAGAAAAAGAAAACUGGAACAGCUUCGCUUGAAUUCAAAAAGUAAACAUCUACACGGCAUGACACAAGCAAGCAUGUCUGUAGCUGUGGCUUGGACACUUUAUUUGAGGCUGGGGUUUGCUGGAUAAGCGGUACAUGGUCUUGUUUUUUGCGUAGGAUAAGACGACAGCUACCACAACUGUUCAACUGGGAAUUUAUCGUCUGUCAUUAAGUGCAAAGGGAAUCACUGCAUGGGUUCUUUCUGUUUCUGUACACACAUGGUUCAUCACUGUUGUGUUUCUGUACUGGAAAAGUGGCACAAGUGGAAAAUGUUACCUUCAAAACAUUUUUUGUAGCGUUUGCGUUUAUCCCACGUGUUGAUUCCUGUGAUUAAUGUUCAUAUUGGGUUUUGACUUCACAGAGUUGAGGAUGAUUGAAUCUGAAAAGAAAUAAAUUAAUGAAAUCAC